CUUUAACCUAUGAACUCCUGAAUGUGCCAGCCCUCCGCCAUAUUGACUGUUGUCUUGACUGGAGGAGAUAGAGAACAUUUUGAGGUCCGAGAAUAAGCGAAAGUGUGCUCUGAAAUUUGUCAAAACUGGUGCAAACUUGGUUAAAGCGAAACCUAAACGCUGUCGUAAUGGCGAGAAAGAAAAGCAAACAACAAGGUGUCGCUCAGAAGGAACUGGCGCCUGGACAGCAGACAGCAGCGAAAAGCCCUGUCUCUCCCGGCGAUGCAGCAGGCGGCGGUGGCGGUGAAGAUGCUGGGCUGGAUAGGCUGCCCACUACCAGGGCGAACCAGCCCAUGCACACCUGCUGCCUCCUGUGCCACCGUGAAUUUAAGGACUGGGGAGCAGGCUCUGUGAAUGGACUCCCCGGGGGCCACGGGACCAAGUUGGCUGAUGCUGUGCCUGCACUCUCCCAGGCCUUAUUGCGGGAGGCGCCUGGACGGAAGCUUGCUGAUGCGGUGCCCUCGCUGUCCCAGUCCCUGCUGGGAGAGGUGCCUCUGUGGAUCUGUCAGAGCUGCUGUAAGAGUGUGGAGGAGGAGGAGAGGCGGAGCAACCAGGAGCAGCCGGCAUCGGUGCCAUUGUCACACUCUUCCUCCUGUAAGUCUCAAAGCUGUGGGAACGGUUACUCAGAGCAAAGUACUGUAGACUGGGACCCCAGUUCCUUCCUGUCAGCCCACAAACUGUCAGGUCUCUGGAACUCCGCUCACACCAACGGAGGGGAUCACUGCACCCACAACACUUCUUCGCACUCGCAACAAGGUGUAACACCAAGCUCCGUCUGUCUUGAGAAGAGGGGGCUUCAUGAAGCUCCAGGGAAGUCUGCGAAAAUAUCAGGGACCAAAGUCUGUCCCUAUAGUCACCCGUCAUCCCAGAAUUCCAGCGGGUCUUCUGUUGUGAACCCCUUGUCUACCUCAGCAGACCUUUGUAAAACCACUCCCAAGCACUUCAAGACCAUGUGCCGGCGGCCGACACCACCAGGGGAAGCCUUCCACCCCGGCGACCAUCAUCAACACACAGACUUGUCGGUCCCUCCCAACAGUCCCACCGGCCUGUCGUCCCAGCAUUCCACCCUCCUGCCUCCAAAACCGAGCUCCGGGCAGCACGGUCACGUCACCUCCUCGUCAGGCACCGGUGUGGCGGCUCAUGCGACCCACGCAGCUCACGCUCCUUUUUCCCCGCUGGUACCAAAUCUCCAUGGCCCCACCGCCAAACUUAACUCCUCCAGCCCCGAUAGUCCGACAUCUGUCCAUAAGCCCAGCCCGUGCAAAAACUCCCACAUUCCUCCUGUGAACACGCAACACAGCAAACUGGGCCCCUCUCUCAUAGGCUGUAAUCACCCCUGUAAUGGGCACAGUCAGGGGACAGUGGCGCCUCCUAGUGUUGGUCAUCUGACAGCUGGGGCCUGCAGGGACCAGGCUUGUAAGGGUCACAAAAUGACAAAUGGGACAUUGUGUCACCCGACAUCAGAGCUGGAGGAGGGAGAAGAUGAAGACAGCAGCUCUGAGAGGAGCUCCUGUGCUUCGUCUUCGACCAACCAGAAGGAUGGGAAGUACUGUGACUGCUGCUACUGCGAGUUCUUUGGACACAAUGCGCCUCCAGCUGCUCCAACCAGCCGGAACUACGCUGAGAUUCGAGAAAAACUCCGCUCACGUCUGACAAGACGUAAGGAGGAGCUGCCUCAGCGCCAAGACUCAGAACUGACCGCAACUGGUGUCAUAGACAACAGAGAUGUGGACGAGCUGCUAGACUUCAUAAACAGUUCCGAACCCAAACCUGUCAACAGUGCCAAGGCUGCGAAACGAGCUCGACAUAAACAGAAAAAGAAGGAAAAAGCUCAACAGGGCAACACGGGUGCUGCAGGCAGUGAACCCCAGUCCAGUCCAUCUGAGGCUGCGGAUGAACCCGCACCUGACGGCACUGAGGCCAGUCGGUUACUGGACUGGCCUCAGCUGGAGCUUGAGCGUGUAAACAGUUUCCUCACCAGUCGACUGGAAGAGAUCAAAAACACCAUCAAAGACUCAAUCCGGGCCUCGUUCAGCAUGUACGACCUCAACCUGGACGUCAAUGACUUUCCAAAGAAGGCAGCCACGUUGGAGGGCAACCAUUUGUUGUCCCACCUGAACGGUUCAUCACAGAUAGUCCUGGACCUCGCCCCUUUUUCCCGGGGAUCCUUUAAGAACCACCUCGAUCUGGUUAAUGGAUGGGAGGAUACAAAUACCAACAACAACACCACCACCAUCACCACCACCAAUAACAACAACACAACGGCACCGGGGGUCACCGUUGGGUCGAAGGACAUCCAGCGGUUGCACAAUACUCCCAAUCUAUCAAAACUCAUUAGGGUUCGUUCUCCAGAGAGAGGCACAGCUAUUGGCACAGACAGUUUGCCACAAGUGCCGCCCAUAGCCACAGCUAAAUCAAAAGAAGACGCCCCUGAUCCUAAGAACGCAGUGGCUGGAAACAGCAGUGGAAAGUCAAAGAAGAAUAAAAAGCAGCAGCAAAAGCAGGAGCAACCUGAGCUCAAUUCCAGCAAAACGGUCAAAGCUGCUGUGUCCAGGAACGAAGUGCAGAGAGCGAGUGAGACGAAAGAAAACGCUUCCAAUGGCACUAAGGUAAUGAACAACAAGCAGCAGCAGCAGCAGCAUCACUCUGCAGACAGCCAGAAAAAUGGCCUCAAGAAGACGGAGGAGAGCCGAUCGUCCAAACAUGCAGCUAACGGUGCUAACGGUGGCCUCCCUAAUGCACAAAGGGGUAAAGGUGACACCGACGCCCGGGCAGGUCGAUGUGAGCAGGAUGCCGAGAUCAAAACUCCCAUCGGCACGCCGGCAAAUGGACAGCAGCAGCAAUCCAAGGGGAAGAACAAGAAGAGCAAGAACAAGGGUGAAAAGUCCAGCAGUGCUAUUGACGACGUGUUUCUUCCGAAAGAUGUAGAUCCAACAGAAAUGGAUGAGAUUGAUCGUGAAGUGGAAUACUUCAAAAGGUUUUGCCUGGAUUCUGCAAAGCAAACUCGCCAGAAAGUGGCAGUCAAUUGGUCCAACUUCAGUCUCAAAAAAGUUCCUUCCAAUGCAGCUCAAUAACUAGGGUUACAAGUGCCAGAAAUACACAAACAAACAAAGAGAGAAAGAAAAUCACGACAGCUUUUCAGCAAAGCCCCGUUUGGCCCGAGGCCUUUUCUCAUUCCUGGUUUUUCCCCCUCUUCCUUACAAAGCCAAGGGACCCUGGUUCAAUUUUGAAGACUGAAACAAUUUCUGGCUAUAAAACCAGGGAUGAUUCUCAAGUUCAACUCUACCUUUUUGCUUUUAUUGCAAUGAUCACUAAAUGACAGAUGCAAACAUGGAAAAAAGUGACUCCACUGCAUCAAUGUGCUUACGUAUGUAGUAUGUAAACAGUUACCUUACAAGAAAUAAAUGUUUUUAUCACAAAAUGUGA